AUGGCUGAUCAGAGGUUCUGUUUGCGGUGGAACAACCACCAGCCUAACCUGGUGAAUGUCAUGACGGGCCUGUUGAACAGUGAGAUGUUCGUGGAUGCCACUAUCGCCGCCGAGGGCCGUAAAAUACAAGUGCACAAAGUCGUGCUAUCUGCUUGCAGCAGCUAUUUUCAAAUGCUUUUCAACGAAACACCUUGUCAGCAUCCAAUAAUCAUCAUCAAAGACAUGUCUUAUAAUCAUUUGAAAACAUUAAUUGAGUUUAUGUACUAUGGCGAGGUUAAUAUCUCUCAAGAUCAACUCCCAAUUAUUUUAAAAGCAGCAGAAAGCUUACAAAUAAAAGGGUUGACAGAGAAAACCAUGUUUCCCUUUGCUACAACACGACAUGCAGAAACUGAAUAUAGUUUGUUGUCACCCUCGGCUAAACGAAAAAAAAUGCAUCUCAUGAAAACAUCCAGUGAUAAAUCUGAACACAAUAGUUCUAUCGAAGAUAUUUCAGUAACCGAACAAGACAAUAUGUCAACUAGAUCUCAACCUACAUCACAAGGACAAGACACAUCAAAACCUAUUAGUGUAAGCAAACAAUCAUCUACAGAUAAUCAUACAACAAUUGUUCACCACAAACCUGAAGGUUGGUCGUUUUUGGAGCAGCUCUCUGAUUGCCCGCCUCACAGUGUCUACGCCAUACCCAAAGCCAAAGCAGUAUCCAAACCAGAGAAUAAAGUACGCAAAAAACGAGAACCCGGUAUACGAGAGAGUGAUCGUUUUAAAGAAGCUCUUGAAGCUGUACGUGUGGGCCGUAUGGGAUUUUGUCGUGCUGCUCAAGAGUAUGGGAUAAAUAACCGUACAUUGUGGCUCGAGUACAAAAAAAAAGGUUAUCCCGUUCAUCGAAAAGGUCAGUCUUCCUCAUCAAUUCCAGUACCAUCGCCAGCAUCAUCAAUCAAUGGUCAAUCAUCCGAGCAAGUGUAUCAAGCGCCACUAUACGAACCUUCAACAUCUCAAACUUCGGCAGUUGAUCAUCCUGCUUAUGUUUCACAAAUGUACUCACAGCCUCUGACAGUGAUUAACCCAUGCUAUUAUUCUUCACCUGCACCUUCAAUAUUUUCAACAGACAACCAUACAUAAACUAUGGAUUUAUUUAUUAACAGAUCAUAUUUUUAUUUUGUUUCCUUUUAUUUUAGUUGAUAAUUUCACUUAUGCUGGUUUGCACAAAUAGUUUAUAAUAUUAAUAAUUUAACGAUUCAUUAAUAUUUGAUGACACAUCCAUCACAGUUCAUUUUUUUUAUGUUUAAGGGAUUGUUAAGUAUUUAAUGACUCGUUAAACUUCUCUGAAACAGAUGAUUGUGCAAUCUGGUGUUAAUUUUAAAUUAUUUAUUUGUAUAGAAAUUACGAUUAUAAUAUAUUAUUAGGUUUAAUUUGAUUUGUAUAACAAAACUAUUUUUAAAUUUAAUGUGUAUCGAAAUAUAACUAUUGUAUUUUGUA